AAAGAAUGGUCCGGUCUUUUAAAAAGAUAAAUGAAUUAAUUUUAUUACAUAACAUUGCAUAAGAUCACCAUUUUCUUCGUCUUGUCAAAAAUACCGGUUUGGAUCAGGAAAUAUAUGCAGCGAGCAGCAAGUCGAACUGUGACCCGGGUUGGCGAACCUCUAGGCCGAGGAAGUACAAAUUUGAACGGACAGUGUUUAUCUCGCUCUUUGAAUCAUUACUGGGUCCAUUAUAUGCUGUAUUUUAUUCACCACCCUUUGUCUUUGUCUAAGGAUUAACUUUUUUUUCUGUAUACAGCAACUUGAACAGUGUCUGAUCUGGACCAGGGAUUUAUAUCUUACUCUAUAGAUAUAAUUGAACACACAUAGGAGAAGACAUUUUUCUUUGUUAGCAGCAAAGUGAACAGCUUUUGUCGUCAACCCCUGUAGAAGAUGGUGUUGGCUGGACUGUCAGCUACAGCCCCUGCCAUGAAGACCUGCAGUGAUUGUGAGUCCACUCUGGGAUAUCAUGCCUUGAGGCAGAUAGCUGAGGUGAUCAUCAGUGAUGUGACUCACCCUGUGGUCUACAUGUGCUGUAGUGAGUCUACCAGUGGCAGUGCUGCCCCCUAUCAGGAAGAGUCAUGGCAACAGCACCUGGACCACCUGAAGGCUAGUGUCACCAGUGCUAAACCCUGGAUCUGGAUACUGGAUGUGAGGACCAAACCAGGAGAAGGUACUGAGUGAAGUGCUGAGAGACAGAAAGUUGUCCAUGCCAGUGACAGUGGGGAUACAGGGCAGUUGGGGAGUGGGGAAAACAUUCCUCCUCAACCUGCUGGAGUAUCACUUGAGGAAAACUGAUGCAGGAAGUGAAGAGGUCACCCCGUCAUGCUCCAAGCUAGGCCAUGACCAGCGCCAGAAUGUGUGCAUCUUUUUCUUCCUGUCAUUUGUGCUAACAUGCCUGAUAACUGCAGGAACAAUGGCGGCCAUGAUCACUACGCACUUGCUGUUUCCUGGACCUGCCGCAAACCUCACCAGUUCUAACAGCACUGCCAGUACCCCAGAGUUCAGACCAGAUGACAACAUACCUUUGUUAACCUAUCUCAGCUUUAUAGCAGUGAUCAUCAUUGUUUUCCUAAUCUCCUGUGUUCACUAUGGAGGCAGUGGUCACUGGUCACUUUCAGACAACUGGACAGCUUUAAAGCAGUUCUUGAUACUGCUGUUCACUGUCGCACCCAGGAACCUGACCCCCAGCGUUCCCCCUUCCCAGAAGCCUCAGAUAAUCCUGGUGAAGUUCAAUGCGUGGGAGUAUGCUGGCAGUGACUUCCUGUGGGCAGGUAUCAUCACUCACCUGUGUGACCAGGUAGAACAAAGCUUUGGUCUCUGGACCACCAGGUGCUUCAGGCUGGUCCACCACCAUGUGCUGACCUCUGACCUCAGUGAAGACACUACCAGAGACAGCCUCUUAGACAGCAUGAUAGAACAGAGAGGAAACAGGAGAGAGGAAGCAGGACAGCCGGACACUGUAACAGGAGACACUGCCCAAAGAGACCCCAGGUCAGAACAAUUACACCUCAGAAAGACUUGCUGCAUGCCCAGUUUUCUUUUCUCUUUGCUUUGUACUGGGUUUCUGUUAGUAAGCGUUACCAUGGUGAUUCUCUCUGCUACCAGCAGCAGCAAAUAUGGGGCAACUGAAAAAAACAUUGUCAUUGAGGCAGUGUUUGGGACAUUUGUCAGCCUCACAGUACUGUACAAACUGAAGGUUGUCAUCCGUCUAAUGAGGGCAGUAUGGAGGUCACAGAAAAGUCGAAUUCAACGACUUCAGCUCAGAAUGACCAGGGCAAAUUUUGACGAGGAGCUUGGAUUUAUGUACAGGGUAAAAAAAGAGGUGGAAGUUGUCACCAAGCUGAUCAACUACAUGCAGUGGCUCCACGGGAAAAUGUACCGCUUUGUGAUCUUUGUGGAUGACCUGGAUAGAUGUGAGGAAAAGAAGAUUGUGAAAAUGUUAGAGGCAGUGAAUAUUUUGCUUUCAGAUCCAAACUCCAGCUUCAUCUCUGUCCUUGCCAUUGACCCACGCCUCAUUGUGAAAUCUAUUGAACAUUCCUAUGGGGACAGGCUUACUGAGGCUAAUGUUAGUGGAUAUGAGUACUUGAAGAAGAUCAUAACACUUCCUUUUAGCCUCUCCCCAGCAAACCCAGAAGAUACCAAACACCUAAUCACCUCCUACCUGGAGAGAAUUAAGAGAGAAGAACAAACAGAAAUUGUCCAUUCUCAAAAGGAGGUCAAAAAUUCAAUUAAUACGGUAAAGGGUAAAAAGGGCGAAAAGUCAGUUAAAACAUAUCAGGGCCAGGGAAGUGAUGGAACUAUUUCUGGCUCGCCGAAGAAAGGAGUCUAUAUAAAGCUAAGAACUGUGAAGAAGAAAACUGCUCCUGAAAAGAAAGAACAGGAUGCAGCCCUAGAUGUGACGGAUGCUGGCCCCAGCAACCUCCCAGCCCAGGAUAGAGCAGAUGCCAGGAAGUACCAGAACUGUCUGGAGAUCAGUCUGGAAUCUCUAAUGACAGGAAAGAUGUUACACUGGUUGAACAGCAAUCCCCGCAGUAUCAAACGUAUCACCAAUAUUCUGAACCUAGUGUUAAAGUUGUAUGUAGCAGAGCUGAGAGAUCUGAUGGAGGAAGACACCAGGAAAAAGAUCAGGAAACUGACGGCCUGGGUGGUGUUCACAGAGCAGUGGCCUUAUAGAGCCAGCAGGAUAAUCCAUCACUACAAGGCAGCUGAGGACAGGGAUCAGGAUGUGCUACUGGAGAAUGUUGAUGUGAACUGUCCUCAUCCCUCAGACUGGAAGUCCAUGUUAAAGUUGAUGUGUCUUGUAUUUUACAGAUCAGAAUGUGCUACUGGAGAGGGUUGUUGUGAACUGUCCUCACCCCUCAGACUGGAAGUCUUUGUUAAAGUUGAUGUGUCUUGCAUUUUACAGAUCAGGAUGUGCUACUGGAGAAUGUUGAUGUGAACUGUCCUCAUCCCUCAGACUGGAAGU